CCCUUUCUCGUUCGCCCGAGGACGAUAAAAAGAAGAACAAAGGGACGAAAACCUAAUUAGGUUUCACAAUGGCGGAGAAGAUAAUGUCCGCGACGGAGCUCGAGGUGAUCCCACCGCCGAAGAAGAUUCGGAAAGUGGAUGGCGAAGACUGCGACAACUUGGAAUCGGAGAUGGAUUCUGGGGCCGAUGAGUUCCUGCCGCCUCCUCUGCCUCCGCCGGCGCCGCCGACGGUUCGGACGGUGGACGACGAAGACAUACCCGAAAGCGAAAUCUCGGAAUACUCAUUCUCUUGCACAACGAAAUACCACAUGUUCGGAAACAGAAUAUUCCGCAACGACCUUUUGCCAGAGGCAGAGGAAGAGUACGAGCCCCAAUUCCAGCGUUUUAGAUACCUUUUUCAUCGGUCUCAGGGUUUCGAGAUUAACUGGGAUGAGUUCGAUUUCAUGUUUAUUUCCCAAUCUGUUUCGUGGUGCACAAGCCGUCUGGUGACCAAGAUGAGCAAUGACGAGCUGAUUGAAUAUUUGACGCGCUAUGCCAUCGACAAGCACAACAAGGAGUCGGAACCGAAAACGAAUCUGGUGUACGUGGGGCCUGUCAUGGCUAAUUUCUUGUGUGCCGCAGGCUACGUGUUCUUCAUAACAUUCCGAGCUAGAGAUCUGCUGUCUCCGGAUCCCGAGCCCAAACUCUAUCAGACAAAGGUGCGCAAGUUUGCAGCUUUGAUCGAUGUUACGAUUUUCAGACCACGGCCAUCGGAUGAAGAUGGUGAUGCAGAGAUGACUUGUGCCAAAGUGGAUCCUCCCGCUCCCGCUCCCGCUCCAUGACAUGACGGGUGGUUGUUAAUUGGCAUAACCUUAUGUGGGAUUAUAAUGUUGGAUAUGAUAUGUUAUAUAUAUAUAUAUUAUGAAAGAUACUUGAGAAUUGUCUGAAAACUGCUCUCCAGACGCCUUACCGCAUCAGUUUCUAUUUAAUCUGGUUUUGGGAUCUGACGUUUUUGCUGUUAGGUGUUUCUCUCGCUUUUGGUUUCAUUGAAUUUCUUCUUCUGUCUGCAUCGAGCUUGUUGUUUGCUUGACAAGUUCAUAUCUUUGCGGAUUGGUUCUUCCUGGGUUUCUGAGUUGUUCAUUUCUCCCUGGGUUUUGUUUAAUUAGUCCACCUACUCCUAAUCUUUAAUUUCUAGGGUUUCAACCUAAAUAAAGUUCUGUCUCCGGUUUACAUU